UGUCAUAUGCCAGACUCUUCUGCUAGUUCAAACGUCAAGAACUGACGUUUAAAAAUGGCUGCCCUUAUGUGGAAGGGUAAAACAGCCAGAUUUCCUCGUUCAAAUUUGCUAAAACUUUGUUCUGAUGUAUUUUCUUCUCAGUCCACCAAAUUCUUUGGAACAAAGGCAAACCAACCUGAGUUUGGGCUGCUCUUCGACAUUGAUGGGGUGAUUGUACGAGGCAAGAAAGUUCUUCCAUCUGUUCCAGAAUCUUUCCAGAAGUUGGUUGAUAAAAAUGGAACAUUCAGAAUUCCAACUGUGUUUGUAACCAAUGCUGGAAAUGCUCUCAGACAUGAUAGGGCUAUUCAGCUCACAAAUUGGCUUGGUGUCAAGGUGCAUGAGGAUCAAGUUGUUAUGGCUCAUUCUCCUCUGCGAAUGUUCCAUCAAUUCCAUGACAAACGAGUCCUUGUGUCUGGUCAGGGACCAGUAGCCGACAUAGCCAGGAAUGUUGGAUUUCAUAAUAUUGUAACUGUUGAUGAACUAAGGAAAACAUUCCCAACUUUGGAUGCUGUAGACCAUGCUCGACGCAUUUCUGGUGCAGGUCCCAAUGAAAAAUCGUUUGUGCCAGUUGAAGCGGUAGUAUUGUUUGGAGAGCCAGUUAGGUGGGAAACAUCAUUGCAGUUGAUCAUGGAUGUCUUGAUGUCCAAUGGCUAUCCAGCUGUUGCUCCUCCAGGGAUAUUGUAUCCUCAUAUUCCUGUGCUAGCAUGCAAUAUGGACCUUCAGUGGAUGGCUGAGGCAUGCAUGCCCAGGUAUGGACAUGGAGCUUUCUUGCUUUGUUUAGAAGCCCUUUACAAGAAAAUUACUGGUAAAGAUCUAAUAUACACUGCAUUGAUUGGCAAACCUAGUGAAAUUACUUAUCAUCAUGCACACCACAUGGUGCUUAAUCAAGCCCAAUCAAUUGGUAUCAACCAUAAUUUGAAAAGACUUUAUGCUAUUGGUGACAACAUAAACACUGAUGUAUUUGGUGCGAAUCUGUAUAAUCAGUACCUCUCACAACGCAAAGCUAGUGGACGUAUGAAACAAGUUGCUCGAACACGAACUAUUGAACAUCAUCUUCAGGCAGACCCCAGUGAUUGGGAUAUGGGAGCAGAGAACUGUUUGAGUAUUCUCGUCGAGACUGGAGUAUACUCUGUUGACCGUGAAGAGAGCUUGCUGGACCACACACCACGUGACUUCCUUCCUGUUGAAGAGAAGUUAAGAGAACCGAACUUCACUGUUCAAAAUGUAUGCAAAGCCAUUGAUCUAGUUUUCCAGCAGGAAUCUUAUCAAUAGUACCUAAUCUUGCACCACUAGCCAAUAUUUCAUAUUUAAAAUUGAGUAAAUGUAUCUGAAUUUUUGAAGUUCAAAGAAAGUGCAAAGAAAAUGAAAUUGUGUAACAUAUUCAUAUCUGGAAUUACCACUGUAUAUGUAAAAUUCACUCUAAAUUGUUAUCCCUCCACAAAGGUAAUAUUUUUUACAAGCAAAUUGAAUUGUUGAAAAGUUGUUGAUAAGUGAAAACUUUAAAGCCACUUUUUGUGAUUGGACUUGAGUGUUAACAGUGAUACAAAGAAAACAUUGGACUAGAUUCAAGAUGUCAAGAUGUCCUGUGAGAAUUUUCUUAACAAGUCUCUUGCAUUGAUAUGUAGUGUGUUUUUCCUUUAAAAGUUCUUGUUUUUAAUGGUUACAUAAAUAUUUAAGUCCUCAUUAGAUAAUUUCCUAUGUCUUUUUUGAGCAUCCUGGUUAGUGCAUGAUCUAUAUUCUGAUGUCAUUCUCAUAACCAAAUUGUGUGCUCUUUACCUUUCUUCCAAAAUUUAAUGGCUCAAUAUUUUGCCUUUAUGGUUUGAAAAUUAAUAAUACCUUCUUCAUCUUCUUGUGGAAAAAUUAGUAACAAGUAGGUAAAGUAUGUGUAUAUGUACGAUGUGGCACAAGGUAGAUUAUGGCGUACAUCUUCCUAUGUGUUUGUCAAAUGGUGCUGAUCGGUGCAAAGGAACUUUUGCUGGUAAACUUUUGGUAAAUACAAAAAAAAACUAAAGUUCAGAUUGAUGUUUAAGAUGUAUACUCGGAGGAAUUUUGAAAGCUUUUUUUUUGCUACUUAUUCUGUGUUAACCUACUUUGUGCCAAAUGAAAUGACUUGGUUUUUAUCUGUGAAAUGCCGUACUCAAUUGUAGAAAUGGGUCCAAAGUCAUACUCAUGCAGAAGCUAUGUUAUAUCAUCGUUAUGUAAGAAGUACAAUCCUUAAUUCUGUGUGUUGUAGUAAUAGUAGAUUGAUAUUUUAGUGCUGUAACUCUGUUGAUUUUAAUUAUGAUGCAUCUGUGAUUUCAGGCAUACAAUUUUAGUAGAAAUUUGAGUGUGUUAUCAAUUUUUUAUUAUUGUUCUCCUUUUUGAACCGGAUCAACCAGACUUAUUCAAUGGAUACUUUCUUAGCAAGUUUGUGUUCUCAAAAUAUUUAAAUUAAUUUUUAAAUAUUAAAAGACAUGUUUUUUACCAUCUUUUAGCUUUCUGCCGAUUGUGGCUUAACACCUUGAGUCCUAGGGAGGAGGACAGGUCCCACUUGUAUGUGCUAUUAUGGCCAUAUUUAUGGUCAUUUAGGACUCAAGGUGUUAAUAAACUUGAUCUUGCUCAAGGUAAUUUUUACACCUGGAAUAAUAAUAAAUCAGUUCAAGCUGGAUCUCUAGGCUGUUAUAAUAAAUAACAGAUAUUCCUAAACUCAACAAAUGUUCCACAGCUUUUUUCUUUUCUUGAGGGACUACCCCUAAAGAUCUUAUGUACAACUGUGAACUAAAGAAAUGUGAUAUUGAAGUUUUGUGAAGAGCUAGAUAAGAAGAGGGAGAGAAUAAGAAAGUACACGAUUUCUCCUGUAUUUACCCAUGUACCUAAUGAUUUUCCCCCUUCCUUUUGUCAAUUUUAUCCCGUUCUAAUGAGUUGCAUGUUUUAAGUAUAGUGAGUUUUGAACCUUGGGGAAAAGACAUGUAUGAAAGAUGACAAUAGCUAUUCUUAAAAUAAACCAAGACUUUUAACAACCCCCUACAAGAGAA